CAUAAAAAUAUUUAAAUUGAAAUCAAGUUCAUAUCUAUACGAGAAUAAAUCUUUUCUUCCUAACUUUAUUAAAUUGAAUUUAGGAAAUCAUUUUGAUGAAUGGUUAAAUAUGUUAAAUGAUUUUAUCCUGAUUUUACUUUUUUAUAGACAUUCCAUUCCUACAAAUGAAGACGUUUGCAGAUUUUGGUUGCAAAGAAUAAAUAACCCCAAGUUAAUAUCAGAUACAGAAUUAACAUCACAUAGAAUAUGUGAUAUUCAUUUUGAAUCAAUUUGUAGAAACCCAAAUGGCAGGCUAAAAAAACUUUCACUGCCAACUCUACAUUUACCUAGUUACGAAAAAGGUGAAAAUAAUAUUUUUUGGGUACAGGAGCAAUCAUCUUCAUUUUCAACUCCAAAAAGGCUGAUAGAAUCAAUUGCAAGGACUAGUUCCUCUAUCAGCACCUUUACUGGUAACAGCCCAAUAGAGGGAACAAAAAAACCUGUUAUGGUGUACUCAAGGAAGCGAUUAUUUCAAGCCCUUGUUGAAAAACCUUGUAGCUCCUCGAGUAUCCUGUAUGAACCAUCAAUAUCUAAUAAUAUGGAAACAGAUAAACUUGAAGGGCACUCGACUGUGACAGUUGAGUAAAAAAAUUCUUUGUUUGUGGAUAUAGUUAUAAAAUGUCAAAAACAAAAUAAAAAUUAUAAUAAUCA